UGACCCGGAGCUGUCCGACGGAGAUCCCAUACCACCGGGUGAAUUCAAAGGCUAUGCCGUCAGAAGAGCUCUCACUAUACUCACGAAUCAGCUCGGUUUUGCCGACUCACAGUGAUGCAGUGUUUAGGGGUUGUGGGUCUUGAAGAAAUAUUCGUUCAAGAGGUCUUUUUCAUUGAACAUAUUAAGUAACAACUAGAUGCAGAGUCGGUUUCUCUCUAUAGGAUGAUAUGUCUGGGAACGGGUUACAGGCAUUGUCGUGGUAUCACCGGCGUUCAAGGGGAAAUCCUCAGUGAACAGGCAGAGGAUGGUGUAUAAAGCCAUCUGGGAGGAGCUUCAGAAUGUGGUUCAUGCCAUUGAUCAGAUGACAACAAACACUUGUUCAGAAGUUUGUUACUUCAAUCUUGCUUCCUAUAAUCCUAGCGUAAUUGAAGAAAAUGACAGCAUAAAUCAGCCAAGGAAGAUGUUUGUGCCUCCAUUGACUGUGUCUUCAGACAGAUCAUUUAAGAACCUCAGAAGAGAAGAAAGAACCCCACGGUGAAAAUGAAGUUGUUUGAUGCUCAUUGUCACCUCCAAGACAAGAGGGUCAUCGACAAAGCCUCCGAGCUCAUAUCUGCGGCUUUAGCUGUUGGUGUUACCAAUUUCGCAGUCAACGGAACCUCCGAGAAAGAUUGGGACUUGGUGAAAGAGAUGGGAGAGACGUAUCCUUCUGUUGUUCCUUGCUUUGGAAUUCAUCCUUGGUUUAUUGCUGAUAGAAGUCCUCAUUGGUUUAACACAUUGAAGAAGUUAUUUGAGACCAAUCCUACUGCUGCUGUUGGAGAAAUUGGGUUAGACAAAGGUCCCUUAGCAGCAGGAAUUGAUUACUCAGACCAGCUAGUCGUGUUUCGCCCACAGCUUGAACUUGCAAAAGAGCUGAACAAACCUGUAGCAGUUCAUUGCAUCGAUGCAUUCGAUGAUCUGCUCGAGAUAAUGAGAUCUGUAGGGCCUUUUCCUGCUGGUGUGAUUCUUCAUUCAUUCAAUGGUUCAGCUGAAGUUGUUCCUAAACUCGCAGAGCUUGGUGCAUACUUCUCUUUUUCUGGCUGGUUCACUUACAUUGAUGAGAAAGUUGCAAAGAAGACCUCGAAAUCGAUUCCUUCCGAUAGGUUCUUACUGGAGACGGAUUCACCCGACGGGUUACCAAAAUCAGAUGAGAGUUCUUCGGAUCCAAAACCAACUCUUAAUGAGCCUGCAAACAUUCUUGCUGUACUAGAUUAUGUUGCGAACCUGUCAAACAUGAAGAAAGAAGAGGUGGCGGAGUUAAGUUAUGUAAACACUGUGAGGUUGUUCUCUUAUCCAGGUUCUAAACUGCUUACAGAACAGUAAAAAUGGUGUCUCACUACACAGAAUUGUGACAUCAUCUCUGAUCAAAGAGGCAAAAGAAGAACACAUUGUCUAAUCAUCAUCUUCUGCUUCAGCUGUUGUGUGUAAUUAUUAGUUUGUCGUUGUUGAUGUCUUGUGUAAAAAGUUAACCAGUUACAUGUUGUUUGAUUUAUUUGGACAUUUUACAUUUUCUCUUAUAAUAAGUCCCACUAUUAUA